GCGACAAGUGGGAGGAAGUCCUGAUGAGUUCAGCACAUACGGCAGCCGCGGCGCCGGGGGCCGGCGGGGAGGAAGAGGAUGUUGAUCUGCACAAGUGCGGCCGGUGUCACACUGAGUUCCAUAGCCUGGAGGAUUUCAUUGGUCACAAAGUGCAGAAAGCAUGUCAGAGGCUGCAGGAACAGUCUGUUGUUUGUCCUGACACCAUACCUGUCAGCAGCCAGUCACGACAGGAGUCUGAUCCAGUGGGUUCAUCGGUAGCAGUCGCUCAGUUGGUUGUGGCAACACCUGAAACAACCUACACAUUGCACUCAGAUGAGACUGGCAAUGGGUGUGAGAAUGGGGGUCAGAGUUCAGAAGAGCGAGUGUCGGGCAGUGCAGAGCAGGAGGCGAGUGAGAGCGAGGAGAGCCCAGUCAGCCCCGAGGCCGGAGACCACAGGGUCAAGAGGAACAGAUUGGAUACUGUUCUGAACGAGGACGGACGGUUUGUGUGUCAGAUCUGUGUCAAGACUUUCAAAACAGCUGUUAUCCUGAAGGCGCACAUGGUUACUCACAGCGACAACAAGGCUUUCAGAUGCAAGAUGUGUGGAAUGGCUUUCAGAACAAAGGGAUCCUUAGUGCGACACAACCGGCGGCACACAGACGAGCGACCCUACCGAUGUCAGAUGUGUGGGAUGAGUUUCCGGGAAUCGGGAGCACUAACCCGGCACCUCAAGGCCAUCACUCCGUGUACAGAGAAAAACAAGUUUCAGCAACUGCAGCUGGUGUCGGAGCCGGAGACAGAGGCCACAGCGAUGGGCAAACCACAGCCACAGACAGUAAGCGAGAAGCAGAGUGAGGAGCUGGUGUGCCCGGAGGCCACAGCUGUGAUCAGUGUACUCACUAACGCUGAGGGCACCAUCCAGGAGGUGCAGGUACACAGCGUCCCCGAGACACUGCUCCCCGAGACCCAGCACAGAAGCCAGUCGCCCACCCCAGCAGAGAUGGCUUGUUCCGGGGAGGCUGCCAGCGAGAGCCUCAUCUGCCAAGCCAUGAGAAACUCCGGCAUCGUCAUCGAGACUGUAAUAAUUGAAGAUGCGGAAAAAUGCAGUGAGUCUGUGUCCCUGGGUGAGGACGGGGACAGCCCCGAGCAUGAGGCACAGACACAGGAGGUGGAAGAGGCUAACGAGUCGGAUUCAUCCAGCAGGAGAGGCUGCAGGAGGUUUAAGUGUCCUCAUUGCAGCCGGGAAUUCCGGGGCUCCAGCUACCUGCGGCUGCACAUUAAAGCACAUUUAGGCUACAAGCCCCAUCGCUGCUCGCUGUGUGAGAAGGAGUUCAUGACCGCGUACAUCCUGAAGAAGCACCUGGAGUCGCACUACAACGAGCGGCGUUUUAAAUGUGGGGAGUGCGGUAAGCUGUACAAGAGCAUCGCCCACGUGAAGGAGCACAUGAGGGCCCACUCCGACCACCGGCCUUACCCCUGCCCGUGCUGCGGCAAGAGCUACAAAACCAAGAAUGCACAGCAGGUGCACUUGCGGACGCACUCGGAGGCCAAGCCAUUUGUGUGUGAGCACUGCCCGCGGGCAUUCAGGGAGAAGGGCUCGCUGGUGCGGCACGUGCGGCUGCACACGGGCGAGCGGCCGUUUCACUGCUACAACUGUGGCCGCGGCUUUGCCGAGCACGGCACACUUAACCGGCACCUGAGAGCCAAAGGCGGCUGCCAUGUGCUGGAGCAGGUGGAGAUCUCAUCGGAUGGCCAGUCAGUGGAUGGUGUCGCUGGGAUCAGCUCUGACGACUCUCACACGGUCCUAGUGGAGUUCUCCUCGGUGGUUGCUGACACGCAGGAGUACAUCAUCGAGAGCCCGGCUGAAGCCGUUGGAAGCAGUGAUGUGGAGACGCUGAUCCGAGGUUCCAAACACCAGGUGGACAGUCACAUUAUGAAGGUUGUGCAACAAAUCGUGAACCAGGCGAACUGUGGCCAGCAGAUCAUUGCCGAGAGCCUGUCGGCAGAGGAUGGUGCUGACACAAUUACCAUAGCAACGCCCGACAGCCUGACCGAGCAGGUGGCCAUGACGCUGGCCUCCACCAUCAGCGAGGGCUCCAGCCUGGAAAGCAGCCCCUCCACCCUCACCAUGGUCACUGCGGCUGACCUCCAGGUGCUCGGCCAUGCUGAGGAGUAUGUGGUCACUGGCCAGGAGGGGGAGGUGGAGAUACAGACAGUAGUGGUCGGUGACUGAGACCAGGCCAUACCAUGGCACCGGCGGCUGAAGGCUGCACAAAGAAGUUGGUUAAUUGUCGUCAUCAUCACCAUAACUCUCCAGCGUAAUCCACAGGGAGAAGCACAGGACCGGGCACAGACAGUUUGGUGAGACUGGGCCUCGGCUCUGAUCUCUGCACUUUGCCUUUCAGCCAUUGCUGCUUCCCGGCUUUGUGUCUCGUGUGCAGACUGCUCCAUUGCUGCCACUCCUGCACACGCACAGCUGCUACAGACCCCACGUGUUACACAGAAUGAAGCGUUGAUGUUCUUUGAACUAAGAUGAGUGUUGGUAUAUGAGACACCGCCUGUCACACUGCCUGUCCACAGCCCUAGUAAACACUCACUACCACCAUCUGUGGAGUAUGAUUUGCAUCAUUGGACAAGACAAUGCGUUUGGCAUUGAAGCUACUGAUUUCACAAGUAUCUGCUGCUCACAGCGGAAAUCCCAGACAAUUCCACCUCGAUGUUGCUUCCAACCCACUGCCUUAAGAGCCUCCUGUUCCUGAAACUUCCAACGCAAUGUCCCGGGUGGGGCCCGACUCCCGCUGGCUAUGAGGCAUCUGGUGACGUGGUUCUGGGUGGGGGUGUAGUGUCCUGGUCUAGAUCUCUGAGCUCAUGUCUGUCAGGGAUGAGGAGUUGCUCACUGGGACCUUACAAUGGUGUGUGUGAAUGGCUAAUGUUAGGUUAUGUACAGCUUAUUUUAAAGCCAAACAUUUCUGCACAGAUGUCUUGUGUGACAAAGGUUUCUUCCACAUGGCACACAUUUAUAAUUGGCAAUAGUGUGUGUGAGGCCUUUCAGCCUCUCACUGUUACUGCAUGUGCCAAGGUCACUCACUCCAAGCUCCCAGCAGAUGCUGAAACCAUUGCAAAUAAAAACAGUAUUUUUAUCUCU